AACAUGAUCCUUGCACCAUUCUUCGUCUUGAUCUUCGUUUUGGUCUUCGCCGGUGUCGGCUACUUGACGUUGAAGCAGCUCCAGGACGCCCUCAAGACUGCCAACGAGGAGAUGAAGAAGCGCAACGUCAAUAUCUCAAGCUCUGGAGCAAAAAUCGGUGUUCCCGAAGUUUCCCGGGAAGAAUACCUUGACAAGACGCAGAAAGCAUUUGUUACUGCUAUGGAGCACAGUGAAGCGAAGGGAUUCUCAGCACCUCGAUUCGUUUCGAAGAAGCCGGCUGGCCCAAAGAGAUCAAAAUCAGACAAGUCUGUUAACGAUUAUGAGGUGUGA